AAAUGCAUUGUUACAGAGAUUUUAGAUGACAUUAUACUUGCCAAUGAAAAUUGUUCGUGACUACUGAGUUCCUCCAACGCCGACUAGUCAACCUCCACCCACACCGACGCCGGCGAGUCCUCUUCCACAUUGAUGCCGGCGCUUCACCUCCGGCCGCAGGGUUCGAUUUUUCAAGUUUUAUCUUCGAUUCCGACUUGAUUAGGUUUAUUGAAUACAAAAUUUUUGAACUUUCGUUUCAAUCUAUCUGAAUACGAGUUUCUGAUUAUAACGGAUUUCUGAAUACAAAAUUCUAAUCGGGUUAGUUCCUUGAUCUUUUUAACUUCGUUUUUUUUUUUGCUUGGAUCAUGAGAAUGUGCCUUUGAAUGACCUUCUGAAAUCGAAGAACGACCUUAGAAUACUUCUUAUUGCUAAGUUUUGCAUCGUUUUUUCUUCUUUCUGAAAUUGACAUCGUUUUUUUGCUGAAAUUGGCAUUGUUUUUUUUGCUUGGGUCAUUGGAAUGUUCCUUCCAUACGAAAAGAAAAUCAAACAGGGGGUGUUUUAAAUUUAGUUUGGUUCAUGUAUUGUUGAAACGGAUCCACAGCUGAGGAUUUGGAUUAGUAGUGGAAUCACUCCAGAGUCUAUUAUGGUGCUUUUGUUUUAGUGAGGCUGUUGAUAUCAAAAGAAGAAGAAGAUGAAAUCACAUGUCACUAUUUGUCCUUUGUUUCUUGAAAUUCAUAUGAAUUUUGAACUUUUUAGAUAAACACAAUCUACUGGCUGUAACUUGUAUGAGUGAUAAUAGAAGAAGAAGAAGAAGAUGAAAUCUAGCUAGCAUUCAGAGUUAGAAUAAAAGAAACAGCAGCAUAAUAAUUAUUUCAUAUUGUCAAUGUAAAGUUUAAGCAAAUAAUGCAUAAUUGUGAUUAUGCGUGUUGUAUGUGUUUAUGUAAUGUGAUAAAAAAAACAUGGUAGAAUGGUGGUUAUACUGUAAUAGGACAAUGCAUCCAUUGAGAUGAAAUUCUUGUAACUUGUAUAGGCAUUUACGCAUGAUUACAAAUGGAGUUUCCAAGAUCUAAUAAUCUUCAAGUAGUUUCUGGGGGGAAUGAUGAUGAUGAUCCAGAAAUUUUGGUUUCCAAAUUCGAUUCUUCAAUUGACAAUCACUUUCAAGCCAUGGAUAAAAUUGCUAAUCUCUCUGGAGAAUCAGAGUUCCAGUAUCCACAAAUUCAACGUUUCUCUUCUUCCAUUACUUUCUUAAGAGAAUGGAGGAAUUUUUGCUAUCAACCUCGAGCUAUUAAGUUUGCUUGUGAAAGCCAUGAGAAAAACGUCACACAUCAAAUCAAGUUGCCUCAGUUUUCUUCAGCACUUGUUCCUAAAGACACUUCAGAUGGAAACAAAGAUUUUGUGAUGUAUGUUGGAGGCCAUGUUUGGGCUUUAGAUUGGUGUCCCAUACUUCAUCAAAAUUCCAACACUGACAUUAACGUUGAGUUUGUUGCUGUUGCUGCUCAUCCACCAGAGUCUUCAUAUCAUAAAAUUGGUGCUCCACUUACUGGAAGAGGUCUCAUUCAGAUAUGGUGUUUGUUGAAUGCGUAUACAAAAGAACAAGAUAUGAUUCCUUUGGUCAAAGUCAAACCAAAAAGGAAUGAAGAAACAAAUCUUGAAACGAAUCAACCAAAGAAGCCAAGAGGGAGACCAAGAAAGAAUGCUUCUGAUUCUGAAACUGUUCCUGUUCCUAAUACAAACUCAUAUCCACAGCCUCUUGCUAUUGAAUUCCCUCAACACUCAAAAAAGUUGGUUGAUAUUGACAAAAAUACCCCUGAAACUGCCCCUCAACAGCCACCAAAGUUGCUUGCUAUUGAGAAUCAUCAUCAUCAUCAUCAUACCCCUGAAAGUGUUCCAAAUAGUAACUCGGUUUCUAAAGAUAUUGCUUUGCCUAGACUUGUGAUGGGAUUGGCUCACAAUGGAAAAGUUGCAUGGGAUGUGAAAUGGAGACCUGAUUCUCAUGAUAUUUCUAGUUACAGGAUGGGGUACCUUGCUGUUUUGCUUGGGAAUGGAGCUCUUGAAGUGUGGGAGGUACCUGUUCUUAGUGCAACUAAGGCUCUAUUUUCUUCUUGUCAAAAGGAAGGCACUGAUCCUCGCUUCCUUAAGUUGAAGCCAGUUUUCAUGUGUUCAAAGUUGAAGUGUGGAGAUAGACAAAGUAUUCCCUUAACAUUGGAGUGGUCGACAUCUGCCCCUCAUGAUCUCAUUCUAGCUGGUUGUCAUGAUGGAGUGGUUGCACUCUGGAAGUUCUCUACUAAUGAUUCAUCUAUAGAUACCAAACCAUUGCUUUGCUUCAGUGCAGAUACUGUUCCUAUAAGAGCACUUAAAUGGGCACCUCUACCCAGUGAUCCCGAGAGUGCAAACAUAAUCGCUACUUCCGGACAUAAAGGUGUUAGAUUUUGGGACAUUCGUGAUCCAUAUCACCCUCUUUGGGAUAUACCUCUUCAGAAGAUUACAUACAGUUUGGAUUGGCAUCCAGACCCAAGAUGUGUUAUUUUAUCAUCCGAUGAUGGAGAAAUAAAGAUAAUUAACUUAUCAAAAGCUGUAUCUGACACCCCUGUUACUGCUACACCCACUGUAAAAACUCAACACCAUGGAUCACAUAGCUAUUACUGUUCAUCAUCUUCCAUUUGGUGUGUUCAUGUCUCAAGACUAACAGACAUGGUUGCAUAUUGCUGUUCAGAUGGCAAAGUUAUUCAUUUUCAGCUUACAACAAAAUCAGUGGAGAGAGACCCUAACAGAAACCGAGAACCUCAUUAUCUCUGUGGUUCUGUAACCAAAGAAGAAGAAAAGUCAACACUCACUGUGUUGACCCCUUCACCAAAUAUCCCAUUCCCAAUGAAGAAAUCAUCAAACGAAUGGGGAGAUACACCAAGAUCAAAACGUGGGUUUGUAUCAAUAACGAAUCAAGAAAAGAGAGCCAAAGAGUAUGUCUCAAAGGAAAAUCCAAAAAACAAAAACAAAAGUAGCCAAGCUUUAGUAUGCAUUGAUGACGUGGCCAACAAUGUAAAAGACCAUAUGGCCCAUAAAGAGGAGGAUGAGAGAGAAACACUUCCUCCCAAAAUCGUUGCAAUGCAUCGUGUUAGAUGGAACAUGAACAAAGGUAGCGAGAAAUGGCUGUGCUACGGGGGCGCUGCGGGAAUUUUACGUUUUCAAGAAAUUAAUUUAUUGGGAAAUAAAAAGGAAAAAAGAAAAACGUUACAUGAUUUAUCCGUAUCUACUAUCUAGAGUUUAAUUGUAAUGAAAUAAAACAAAUGUCAUUUUAAAUGAAUGGAAAAAUGAUAUCUUAGAUCUUA